CCGGAAGUGGAUUUAUCAGAUGGGGCAUUGCAUUUCUAUGAAGCCAUCUGCUAAAAUGGCUAAGCUAGUCCCUCUACUUGCGGUCUUCUUUUAUUUAGUGUGUGUUAGUGAAGCUGUCUUUGAAGAUCAAGUUGGAAAGUUUGAUUGGAGACGCCAGUAUGUGGGAAAGGUCCUCUUUGCCUCCUUUGAUUCCCCAUCACAAUCAUCAAAAAAGCUGUUUGUAGCAACAGACAAGAAUAUCUUUGCAUCUCUCAACUCCAGGACUGGAGAUCUCUUUUGGCGACACGUGGACAAGAUGGGACCAGAGGGAGCGGUGGACACACUGUUGGUCAAUGCACAAGAUGCUUUGAUGGUGAUUGGAGAUGGUCGCCUGCUCCGUUCUUGGGACACCAACGUUGGCGGUUUGAACUGGGAGGUGGUGCUGGAUACCGGCAGCUUUCAGGCUGCGUGCUUCGUGGGCAUCCAGGACACAGUGAAGCAUGUGGCUGUGCUGAAGAAAACCGCAAUCUCUCUCCACUACCUCUCCAAUGGACACCAGAAAUGGGUGGAGAAUCUCCCUGAUAGUGACACAGUCAAGUACCAGGCCGUGUACUCCGGGGGGGGUGAGGAGGUCUUUGUGCUGGGCAUGGUGCCACACUCCCACCUGACCAUCACCGUCUACAGCCUGGAGGAUGGAGAGAUCAUCAGACAGAGGUCUGUGGAGGCUCCGUGGUUGUCCAGCGUCGAGAGCAGCUGUGUGGUGGUCGGUCGGGGGGUUUUGAUGUGUGUGGACAACUACACCCAGGCCCUCUACACCCUGGCUAUACAGGCCGAGGACUCGCCACAGUUCAGACAGGUCCUGCUGCAGUCUCUGGAUCUGGAGGUGUCCCAAGACUUCCAGCCUGUCCUGGUUUCCACUCAGCCCCACCCAGCUCGCUCCCCUCUCCCAGAGUUCUUUCUCCAGCUGGGGCCAGACCAUCACAUCCUCCUGCAGCUCAGUGAGGACGGCUCUACCAUCGCCCCACUCAGAGACUUCCAACCAGCGUUCCUGGUCUCCUUCGCCACUACAGGGGAGAAAACCGUGGCUGCCGUCAUGGCUCCCAAGAACACAACUGCCUGUGCUGUCAACCUAUUCAGUGCUGACUCAGGGCGCAGGCUGCUGGAUACUACCGUUAUAUUUCCACUGGAUGCCAAUGGUGGGAAACCGCAAAAGCUGUACGUCCACGCCUUCCUGAAGAAGGACGAUUCGGUGGGCUACCGGGUCCUGGUGCAGACAGAAGACCACGCGCUUACGUUCAUACAGCAACCGGGUCGAGUGGUGUGGACCAGAGAGGAAGCCCUAGCUGAUGUUGUUACCAUGGAGAUGGUUGACCUGCCACUCACUGGGACCCAGGCGGAGCUGGAGGGAGAAUUUGGCAAGAAAGCCGCCAUCCAAGACGGGCUGUUGCCCAUGGUGAUGAAGCGCCUGUCGUCCCAGGUCAUUCUUCUGCAGGCCUGGAUGGCCCACCUAUGGAAGCUGUUCUACGAAGCACGCAAACCUCGCAGUCAGAUCAAAAACGAGGUCACCAUAGAAACGCUGUCCCGGGACGAGUUCAACCUGCAGAAGAUGAUGGUCAUGGUGACCGCAUCGGGGAAGCUCUUUGGCAUUGACAGUAAGUCCGGCACUAUUCUAUGGAAGCACUACCUGGAGAAUGUUCAGCCCAACGCAGCGUUCAAACUGAUAGUCCAGAGGACCACAGCUCACUUCCCCCACCCCCCACAAUGCACUCUGCUCAUUAAGGACAAGGACACUGGACUGGCCACCCUGCAUGUUUUCAACCCCAUCUUUGGCAGGAAGAGCCAGAUCUCUCUGCCGGCGCUGCCCAGACCGAUUCUCCAGUCACUGCUGUUACCAGUUAUUGACCAGGAUUAUGCCAAAUGCCUUCUGUUGGUCGACGACCAAUACAAGGUGACAGCCUUCCCGUCCACAAAGAACGUCAUGCAGCAGCUCCAGGAGAUGGCCUCCUCCAUAUUCUUCUACCUGGUUGACUCUGAGCAGGGAACUCUGUCUGGCUUCAGGCUGCGUAAGGACCUGUCGUCAGAACUGAUCUGGGAGGUGGUCCUGCCCACUGAGGUCCAGAAGAUUGUGGCGGUGAAAGGAAAGAGACCCAGUGAGCAUGUCCACUCCCAGGGCCGAGUGAUGGGCGAUCGCAGUGUCCUCUACAAGUAUUUGAACCCUAACCUCCUGGCGGUGGUGACGGAGAGCACCGACACGCACCCCGAGCGUGCCUUCGUGGGCAUGUUCCUGGUCGACGGUGUGACCGGGCGGAUCAUCCACGAAGCUGUCCAGAGGAAGGCCAGGGGGCCCAUCCACUUUGUCCACUCUGAGAACUGGGUGGUGUAUGAGUACUGGAACACCAAGUCCCGUCGUAAUGAGUUCUCGGUGCUGGAGCUGUUUGAGGGGACGGAGCUGUACAACAGCACAGUGUUCAGUAGCCUGGAUCGUCCGCACCUGCCCCAGGUCCUCCAGCAGAGCUACAUCUUCCCGUCGCCCAUCACCACCAUGGAGGCCACGCUCACCGAGAAGGGCAUCACCUCCAGGCACCUCCUGGUGGGGCUGCCAUCAGGAGCCAUCUUGUCUCUUCCUAAAAUGUUCUUGGAUCCACGGAGACCAGAGGUCGUCAAUGAGCACAGCCGAGAGGAGAAUCUUAUACCCUACGCCCCAGAGAUGCCCAUUCGUACAGAGUGGUUUAUCAAUUACAAUCAGACCAUAUCAAGACUAAAAGGAAUCUAUACUGCCCCCUCUGGCCUGGAGUCAACAUGUCUGGUGGUAGCGUACGGCCUUGAUAUCUACCAGACCAGGGUGUAUCCAUCCAAGCAGUUUGAUGUGCUCAAGGAUGACUAUGACUAUGUACUGAUUAGUAGCGUUCUCUUCGCCCUCUUCUUCGCCACCAUGAUCAGUAAACGCCUGGCAGAGGUCAAACUGCUCAACAGGGCCUGGCGGUAAAUUUAUCGGCUUUGACCUUUCAGCGUCGACUUCAACAUUGCUGCCUGAACGACCCCAGACGAUGGAGGUGGAUGAACUGAAUGACUCGUCCUAAAAUGGUGGGGUUGGGUUGUCUUGAAUGUUGUUUUUUGAUUUUUCAAAGAAGGUUUUCAAUUUUUUGGAAACCAUUUUUGCUCUCUUUUAGUUUUAUUUAUUUUGUCACAAUUUACAUUUAGGUAUCUUUUAAGGAAUGUCAUAGGUAAUGUUAUUAACUAAUAAUUAACUAACAACUUUAUAACCUCCUUGGAAGGAUAGCUUUUUGUAAAGUUCUUUAAAUAAAAGAAUAAAAAUGACAUUUUCCUUUACCACACUGAAAGUGCAAUCUGUGGUUACUUGGUGUUCUUAUGCUCUGAAAUAUUGUUUAGCUGUACAAUAUAUGUUUUUUAAGGUAGGCCUGACUAAACAUGACUGUGGUACAGAUGCAUUAGGGGAUAUUGAUUAUUUUAUUAAUUGGGUUCAAAAUUUUGUGUAGAUGGUGUCAAGACUGUAUUUUUGUUUGUAGGUGUACAUGUGAAAGGGCAUGUUGUACUUGAAGGGGUUUGAUUAAAUCUUUUCUGGGGGGAGGGGUGAUUAUAUUCUGUAAGGCCAUCUUUGGUCUUUUGAAUUCUUGUUUUGAUGCACUGGAAGUUUUAAUUUCAAAUGAUUUUCUUUAAAAUCUCCCCAUUUGCUUUUGUGUUAAUGAUAGUUUAUAUUAUAUUUAUGUCUUAAAAAACAUGAAUCCAAGUUGAACAGUAUUGCAAGUUGGAUCCUGCAAAACAUCUUCACUAUUGCAUACAUUCAAUAAAAAUGAAUCCUAUUUAUAUAUA